AGCUUAUUUAUUAACAGUUAUGUAUCUAUAUGAGCGUUUACAAUAAAGGCCAAGUUUCACUUUUUAACGUGAAUAUUAUUAUACUGUAGCGCCUAUUUCAGGCGGGGGAAACAUGAUCCUGAAGACCGGCUUAAGGUCCGGACACGCAGUAAAAGCCCCCCCACCCUCUUUCCUCCUCGCGCCCCGACACGGCUGUUUGUUUGCACUCGCCUGAUCCGGAGCGGAAAUUCCUUUCCGUUUUUGUGAAUGACAAACUCAUUAACAAUUCAUCAGCGCGCUCCACUCCAUCCGGCCUCGUUCCCAGGGCGACCGCGGUCCGGCGCCGUCCUAUUGGCUGGCGGACAUAAUGUAAUCAUUGAGGCGCUGCGCGUUCGUAUCCAUUGAGGAGAGUGCCACGCGCGACAGCGUCUUACGGGAACGAGCCGUCCUCUGGAGGGGGAAGAAACAGAGACGGUUUAUCUGCAGGAGAAUCUGGGAGCGCAAGUCGACCGAGCGGUUAUCCGGAAUUCGAGCUUUUUACAUCGAAAAACAGCCUCAUCGCGCUACUGUUUUUUUUUUUUUUUUUUUUUUCCUCUUUUGGUUCUUCUUCUUAAGCAGGCAGCUGAAGAAGCGAGAGCGCGAGCCGCGGUUAUAUAAGACGGGGGCCGAGCGCGAGAGUAUGCUGCCGCGCGGACUGAGUCAUUGAUAAAUUCGCACACAUACGGGGCGUUUUGCAUGAAUGAGCGCUGUGGCGGAGCGUCGGCCACGCACGUCCCGCUUUCAUUAACGCGACCGGCUUACCGGUUUCUCACGGUUACCGGGCCGUUGUGGUGGAGCUGCGCGCGGCAGGUGCGCGUGCAGCCGGGACCCCCCGCGGACGCGCUUUCGGACGGCCCCGGAGCCCGACUCGCUGUUGCUAAAUGCUCGAUCGCGUGCAUCCCGCGCGCGCGCACCCUGCGAUGGCGAUCAGCAAGACGGCCGAGUGGCUGAAGGAGCGGCUGGAGGCGCGCGCCGAGGGCCUGCUCGUGGUGGACUGCCGCGCGCCGCAGCUCUACGAGUCCUCGCAUGUGGAGACGGCCAUCAACGUGGCGAUCCCGAGCCUGAUGCUGCGGCGCCUCAAGAAGGGCAACCUGCCCCUGCGAUCGCUGCUGGCCAGCGGCGAGGAGCGCGAGCGCUUCGCGCGCAGGUGCCGCAGCGACACGGUGCUUCUGUACGACGAGUACUGCCGCGGCUGGAACGAGAAUGCGGACGGGGGUUCGGUGCUCGGGCUGCUGCUGCGCAGGAUGAAGGAGGAGGGCUGCAAGGCCUUUUACUUGGAAGGGGGAUUCAGCAGGUUUCAGGCAGAGUUCCCGGCCCUGUGUGAAACCAACCUGGACAGUUCCUCAUCGGGAAGCUCUCCCAGCGCCCAGGUUCUCGGCCUGGGGGGUCUGCGCAUCAGCUCCGACUCCUCGGACAUCGAGUCCGACGUGGACCCCAGCAGCGCCACCGACUCGGACGGCAGCCCCCUCUCCAACCCGCAGUCUUCCUUCCCCGUGGAGAUCCUGCCUAACCUGUACCUGGGCUGCGCCAAGGACUCCACCAACCUGGACAUCCUGGAGGAGUUCGGCAUCAAGUACAUCCUGAACGUGACACCGAACCUGCCCAACCUCUUCGAGAACGCGGGGGAGUUCAAGUACAAGCAGAUCCCCAUCUCGGACCACUGGAGCCAGAACCUGUCCCAGUUUUUCCCGGAGGCCAUCAGCUUCAUCGAUGAAGCGCGUGCUCAGAAUUGUGGUGUUCUGGUCCAUUGCUUGGCGGGCAUCAGCAGGUCGGUCACGGUCACGGUGGCGUACCUCAUGCAGAAGCUCAACCUGUCCAUGAAUGAUGCCUACGACAUUGUCAAGAUGAAGAAGUCCAACAUCUCGCCCAACUUCAACUUCAUGGGGCAGCUGCUGGACUUUGAGCGCACGCUGGGGAUCAGCAGCCCGUGUGACAACCGCGCAGUGCCAGCAGACUCGCAACCCCUCUACUUCACGACACCCACCAACCACAACGUCUUUCAGCUGGACCCCCUAGAGUCCACGUGAGAGCGGCUCCUGCAGGCUACAGGUGUCUGCUUGCGGUUUUUGGUCUCCUCCGGUGAGCCCGGCAGAGGGGCGGCUGUGUGUCGGCGCCAUGGUUCGUGGUUUGCUGGCGGCUCAGGAGCGCCUGUUUCGUGGAGAUGUCGGCCACUUUCGCUCGCUCACUUUCUUCUUGGACUUUGCGAGUCGAAAAGUCCAACUGCUGUUUUUUUGGGGGGGCUGGGGGGGAGGAUGUGAAGGUUUGCAUGUCUCGAUAACGAGUGGAAAGCCUGUGUUUGUGCAGGCGGACAUAGACACACGUACACACUCUUUGCCUGGGCACCUGCACUUGUGCAUUGCUGCUCUUGGGCCUGUUGUGUGUGUGUGUGACACUCUGAUUCAGUGAAGAAUCACCCUGUGCGCACAGGACCCCCCCCACAAACAUAUAGAGGCACCAUGUUUUACACUCUCACUUACCUGAGUGGAGUACUGAGGAACAGCUACGUUUUGUGUGUCCGUUCAGCGUCAAACGCUUGGCAGGACCUCCUCCUACCCUUGGGACCUCUUUUUCUGCUUUAGGUAAAACUGAAUAUAUAUGUAUAUAUUUUACAUAUGUUUGUAUGAUCUUGUUUAUACCAAAAAUGUUUAGGUUUUACACAAAUCAGUGUGUAUUUCAAGUACAUUUGGACUUCUUCCCUCGUCUGCACACUCUGCGCCCUUUCCUACACACACACGACGAUUCGGCCCUGUUUUGUAGCCUUUGCUCUGUACAUAGGAUCAGUGUUGCUGCUUUCCUCCCGCCUCAGUUUCUGGAAACAUCUAAGUUUAUCAACUGCCGUGAAUCAUGGAUGAGCGGCAGGUUCGAUAUCUGGAAAAACUCGCUUUGCUUGUGCUCGCGCCCACGUCCCCAAUUCUGCACUCAGAAGUUGUGAUUGGAGUGUUUCUGCAUGCAGGUGUAUUGCUGUGGAUGGGGGGGGGGGGGGGUAAGUCUUCAAUUCAUGUUUUGUGGGAACCGGAAGGGCGACUGCCUCCUUCUGUUUGUUUCCAUGGAAACCAUUCGGUGGUGCAGCUCUCCUUUGCAAAGGGAUUCAUAGACUGGUUAUGUUCCUGAUGUGACCUGGGACCCCCUUGUCCUUCUCUUCAAACACAUUUGCUGGGUGUAGGAAGCGUAAGCCUGGGGUGGGGGGGAUAAAUGAGACGCCCCCCC